UUUUCUUGUUCCACCCACCAUCAAUGGCGUCUGCAAGAUCAUUUGCAGCUCUCAAAAGCAUAUCUUCAGGAAUUAGGUCACUGGAUUCCAGAUCAUCUCUUUCCUAUUCUCAAACUCAGAAGCUCUCAGGGUUUAAGACUUCCGACUCACCGUCAUGCCGGAUUCUCAGAUCUGUAAGCAGCGCUACCAGAUCCUUCUGCUGCAAGAAAGAGGAUCAUGAAUCAGAUUCGUCUUCCACAACUAGACCCACCAAAGUUCAGGAGCUUUUUGUGUACGAGAUCAACGAAAGAGACCGUGGAAGCCCUGUAACGCUACGCUUGAGCCAGAAACAGGAGCAUCUCUCAUUGGGUGAUCUCGUCCCUUUUACCAACAAGGUUUAUAGCGGAGAUUUGCAGAAGAGAUUGGGCAUAACAGCCGGGAUAUGUGUGUUGAUCCAACAUGUACCAGAGAAAAACGGAGAUCGAUUUGAGGCGAUCUACAGCUUUUAUUUUGGGGAUUACGGACACAUUUCCGUGCAAGGGCCUUAUCUGACCUACGAAGAUACGUAUCUUGCUGUGACGGGUGGAUCAGGAGUGUUCGAAGGGGUUUAUGGGCAGGUGAAGUUGCAGCAAUUGAUCUUCCCUUUUAAGCUGUUCUACACAUUUUAUCUGAAAGGGAUUCCUGAUUUGCCUGCUGAGCUCUUGACCAAGCCAGUUCCUCCAUCUCCUACUGUUGAACCUUCACCUGCUGCUAAGGCUGUUGAGCCACAUGCCACCAUUUCCAACUUUACCAAUUGAUGUUAAUGCUUCUGCCUCUCGCUUCUUCUUCUUCUUCUUCUUCUCCCUCUAUUUCU